AUGGCUUCUCUUCGUCGGCUUGCAAAGGACCAUGCGAACUUACAAUCCGCGCUUCCUCCCAACUACCUCUUCGCAGAUGAUGAAGAUGGCUCCUCUUCAGAUGAUCUCACACAGCUUGUGAUCCUUGUUACAGGCGCGGAUGGCACGCCUUAUGCAUCGGGAUUAUGGCGCCUGAGCUUGAAAAUGCCCAUGGACUAUCCCAAGAGUCCACCCAAAGCCACCUUCAAGACGCGCAUAUACCAUCCAAACGUCGAUGAGAAGACCGGCGCUGUGUGUCUCGAGACACUAAAGAGAGACUGGGAUCCAAAGUUGACUUUGAAGGACAUCCUUGUCACCAUAUCAUGCCUCUUGAUUCAACCCAAUCCCGAUUCGGCAUUGAAUGCAGCCGCUGGAGCUUUGAUACAAGAAGACUACGAAGCAUUUUCAACGCAGGCGCAGUUGAUGACAAGGAUACACGCGCCCAUCCCCCAGCAUAUGUUAGCGGCUGUUCAAGAAGCGAAGCGACGCGGUGAAGAUGCUGACCACAAACCGGAUUCAAAGCAUGUGGUCAGUCAAGCAACGCCUGAACAAGAUGACACGAAAGAAAAUGAUGCGAGUGGACCGGGCGAAACGUCCACAUGUCCUCGUACAAGUUCGCAGGCUACUAUCAGAGCAAAGCGGCCUCUGUCGGAACUACCGCUUCCCGAAGAUUAUGAUGCCGGGAGGUUGUCUGACACCGGUUCAGAGCCGAGAAGGAAAUCACCGAAGACGACGUCUGCAGACGUAUCAGAUCGGACAACAAACCCACAAGCCGUGGCAACUAUAAACCAAGCCGAGAAAGCGACCGCGCUCGGAGAGGACGAAGCGGAAGGAAACAAGGUUGCAGACAAGCAGUCAUGCCGUCCUCCAUACCCAUAUCUUGUUUCUGGUCCCGUUGCAGUACGCAAACCUAUGAACGGAAAGAGAAAAGGACAGCCACGCGUGGGGAUUCGCAGGCUCUGA